AGCCCAUUUUGGGUUAUGUAUUACAAGCCCAUUUAUUAAGAACGUGAGCAGCUAUGUGUUGAUUUGAUUGUGCUGAGUGUUGAAGAAAGGAAUCAAUGGCAGUGUCAACUAUUGAUGUUUCUCACUUCCAUCACACCCCUUUUUAUUGUGAGGAGAAUGUACAUUUGCUUUGCAAGAAAUUGUGCAAUGAUGGAAUAGCAAAUUCCGAAGGAUCUGAUCUUUUUGUUGCUUUCAUUUCCAAUGAAAAGAAACAGAUUCCACUUUGGAAUCAAAAAGCUAGCAAUAGGGCAGAUGGGGUUAUUCUCUGGGAUUACCAUGUCAUUUGCAUUCAGAUAAAUAAAGGAGAUGGCCCUCCACUUGUGUGGGACUUGGAUUCAUCUCUUCCUUUUCCCUCACCUCUAGCUUCAUAUGUGUCUGAAACAAUUCGCCCUUCUUUUCAACUUUUCUCUGAUUAUAAUAGAUUAUUCAGAAUUGUGCAUGCUCCAGUCUUCCUUCGCUGUUUUGCAUCUGAUAGAAGACACAUGAAAGGUUCUGAUGGACAUUGGAAUGAAGAACCUCCUCCACAUGAACCCAUAGUUGCUGAAGAUGGAACAGUACACAACCUAAAUGAAUACUUCAACAUAUCUGGUUCGGAUGCUAUUGCCGAUAUUAGAACCAGUUCAGUCAAAGAUGCGGUGUUUUCCCAGAAACACGGUGUGGUGAUAAAGGAAAAUCAGCUUGAAGAAUUAUUUUCUCAUAUAUCUUUACAACAGCCACAUGAAUCUAAUUAGAUAUCAUGCAUUGAUAUCUAUAUAUACUUACUGGGUUUGUACAUGUUCAACUACCAUCACUUUAUUAAAUGAUGUGUUGAUUAAAUAUUGUCUCAUUAAAUUAAAUUGGAAAGGAAAAAUGUGUUUUUUAGAACUGAGAAUGGUUUCUUAUGUGAAUUGUUUGUUACUCAAGUUUGAUAUCACUUAAACAUUGUAUAAGCACUCCUUGUAACUAUUCAAUUUUUCUUCAAUGACCCAAUAACUUAAAGUGA